AUGAUCCUUUCCAGUCCCUACACGGGAGUUUCUGGGAAACUGGAAUUUUGUUGGUUCAUUUAUACAAGACCAGAUGUAGCACAACUAUAUAAGAGGAGAGAAUAUUCUAGGAUUCGUCUUGCAUUCCAGCCAUCCAACGUCCGGUGUCAAUUUUCAAUCAAGAUAUUCGCUAUUGCCUUCAAAAUGCGUUUCCUUACUUUUCUGAGUGCUCUAACCAUUGUGCCUUCCGUGUUUUCAGCUUCAGUGACAGGAAUCGCUGGCAAAAGCCUGGGGGCCCGUGAUGGUGAUCGAGGCCAUUACAACAUUUCUGGUCUCGGAGCUCGCAAGCAAGCCGUGCUGAAGGCCGGUGGCAAUACCCAAGAUCUGGCGAUCGCGAUGCUAGAGACGAAUACAAUGACCACUGAUUAUACAUACGGUGACGGAAAAAAUGGCGACUCCACCAACUUUGGCAUCUUCAAGCAGAAUUGGUUCAUGUUGCGAACUUCUGCAUCCGAGUUCAAGGGCCAGGCCGAAGGUCAGGUGUCCAAUGGUGCUAUUCUCAACUCCGACCUGAAGAAGGACAUCAAAGCCCGUCACGAUGGCCAGAAGCAUUUUGGUUACGACGUCUGGUUUGCCGGGCACCGUAAUGGAGCAAGCGGUGUUCAGAACCCAUAUACGGCGGAUAUUCAAGCGUACAAGGAUGCCGUUGCGUGGAUCAAGCAGCAGAUCGAGAGCAAUGAAAAGUAUCGCACCGAUGAUACUCGAUUCUGGGUGCAAGUCCACGCGAUUUAGGCUUGGUAUGAUAGUGUAUGGACCUCUCAUUAGAGUCGAAUCCUCCUACUGUCUACUCUGUUGCCGGCAGGACCGGAAAUGGCUAGAUUGUGGGUUUCAUCUGACAAACCUCAAUUUCCCUCGUUGGUUCACCUCAUGGAUCCCUUUUGAUUUUGAUUUUGAACAAUCCUCUCUGUUCCUCGUACGAGAAAUAAAUUCUCGUUGAAUGACACUCCUUAUGAGAGAUUGAGUUAGCUAUGCAAUAGAAUUCUUUUCUUUCCAGCUAAAUCAAGAUUUCUAUAAUCACUUCCAUACUGCAGUGGCCUGACAG